AUUUUUAUAUUCAAUCGCCCUGCAGGUCUUUACUAUUCUUAGAGAAAAUGCGGAUAAAACUAACGUAUUUCGUAUAUAUUAUACUUUUGGCAUACUUCCACGUUACUGCUGAUGAAGAUAAGGCGUUGGGCAGUGCUAUACAAAGUAAAGACAUACACAUAGUCGAUCUACAAGGCAACUUAGGGGAGCUGCAAAUAAAUGCGACAUACAAAGAUAUAAAACUGCUAAAUGUCGUUGCCAACUCAAAUGAGAGUCUCAUUUCGCAUUUGAUCGGAAAAAACAUGAUGCAAACACAGGGUGCUCCAAGAGAAGACCUCACAGCUGUCGUAGCAGAACUAAAAUCACAAAUAUUCCAAUUGAAUGACACAGUACUCCACUUGGAGAACCUGCUCUGGAAGCGUGACGAGGAGGAGGAGAAGAAGAAAGAGAAGGCAACAAGUAGUUGUUGUUCUGUACUCGAUCCCGUUGGCAGUGUUCAACUGAUAAGUGUGCCCGGAAUCGAGCCACGUUGGGUUCUUUGCGAUGCCUGUGGAGCGGGUACAGGUUGGAUUGUUAUCCAGCAUCGGUUUGAUGGGAGUCUCAAUUUCUAUCGGGACUGGAACGCAUAUCGCAAUGGAUUUGGAUUUUAUAAUGGCGAGUUCUUUAUAGGCCUCGAGCUCCUUCAUCGCCUAACAAAGUCUCGGCCAUUUGAGCUGUAUGUGGAGUUGGUCGACUUUAACAACCAUAUGUUUCAUGCGCAAUAUGAUAGCUUCCUAGUUGGCAGUGAGGAGGAGAUAUAUAUGCUUAAAUCAUUGGGAACCUACACUGGCAAUGCUGGCGAUUCAUUGAAAUACAAUCUUUACGACAAAUUCUCAACUUACGAUAAUGACAAUGAUGGAUGGUCGAGAGGCAACUGUGCCAACUAUUAUGCGAGUGGCUGGUGGUUCAACUGGGAUGCAAAUAGUAAUCUCAAUGGAAGAUACUUUAAGUCUGGCGAGCAAAAUGUUAAGGGCAUUUGGUUGUAUACACUCAAGAGAUAUUACUCACUUAAAUCUGUGAAAAUGCUAAUCAGGCCAAAGUACACUUUAUUUUGAACAAAGAGAUACGAGUAUACUUGCUUACUAAAUACACAGAACAUAAUAAAAUAAUAUAUUUAAUAAUAAAGAUUGUUGAAAAAAAAAAAAAAAAAAA